UGUGAGAAGGCAGCACACACAUACGUGCCCUGCUGCAUCAGGGCAGGAGGGAGCUCACACGCUGCCCGUCCGACUCGCAUUUUCCCCAGUGACGAAACUGAGGCCGCAGAGAGGGCCCAAGAGCCCGAGCACUGACCUUGCAAUGCUUCCCCGUCCCCGACUCCAGUUCUCGCCGUGUGCGGUCCAGCAGCUCCGCCAGGCCCACCGUCCCGUUCACUCCCGCAGUAAAGCGCCACUCACAUGUGGCUGGUGCUGCUGUCUUCCCUGUUACGGAUGAGGAAACGGUCAUGGAUGCAGUGACCCGCCCCAGGUCGCAGGCUCAUAGUAGGGCGUAGAGCCAGGGCUGGAAUUGGGCCAGGAUUGGUUUGACGUCAUCCUUGAAGUCCUAAUUCUUCCCAGCCCUCUUAGGAACAUCAAAUACCCCAGCUUGCUGUCUGCCUGGGGGCGGUGAUUGGGGCCUGGGGCUGCAGGGCCCCGGCGGGGAGGGUGGCACAUCCUGAGUGGGCCAGGGAUACUUUUGCCUCCUUGAGGUCCUUUUCUCCGUAAGAAAAAAAAUUAAGUUCUGUUUCAUGAUGUGUUGGUUUAAAGCUGAGUGUAUUAUAUAUUAGAGCAUUUUCUUCCAUCUAAAAGUUUAAGUGUCUUGUGGCACUUGGCUCGUUCAGUUGGCAAAGCAUGCAACUCUAGAUCUCGGGGUCGCGAGUUCGAGCCCCACAUCAGGUGUAGAGAUUACUUACAAAUAAAAUAUUAAAAAAAAAAAAAAAAAAGCAGUUACCCUAUGACUCAGCAAUUCCACCCCAGGUGUGUAUCCGAGAACGGAAAACAGGUCCACACAAAACUUGGGCAUGAGCGCGCAUGACAGCCUUACUUACAGAAGCCAAACAGCGGGAAUGGGUGUCAGCGGAGGAGCCGGUGAAUAAAAUGCCUGGUUUCCAUCCGGUGGGAUGAAAGUUCCGCAGCCCUGUGGAAGAACCAACUCCCGCCUCGUGCUAUUGCGUGGACGAACCUGGUCAACAGGAUGCUAGGUGACAGAAACCAGACGCAAGAUGCCACGUGUGUGAUUCCGUUGCUGUGAAAUGUCCGGCACAGGCAAGUCUGUAGAGGCAGAGAGCAGGUGCGAGGUUGCCAGGGGAGCCGGGAAUGGGGAGUGACUUUCAGUGGAUACAGACUGUCCUCUUGGGGUGUUGCAAAUGUGCUGACCUGGGUGAUGCUUGCACAACCUUGUGAAAACCCACUGAGCUGUACGCUUUAAAAGGAUGAAUUUUAUACUGUGUGAAUUCUAUCUUCUUUUGAAUUAUGUCUUAAUUAAAAAAAAAUAGAGCCAAAGGGAGUAAAGUAAGUGGAGGCUUGUCAGCUGCCAGAGGUCCUUCGUCUGACUCCAGAUUCUUCCUUCAGACAAGAAUGUGGCCUUGUGGAGGGAGGGCAGGGCGCAGAGAUGGCAGCAGGACCAGGGGGGCUGUGGUGGGGCUGGAGCUGGACAGGUCGGGAUCUCUGUUCCCCACUCCCUGGGUGGGGAUGGAAGGCCAGAGGGAGGCUCCUGGCACCCGGGGUGUGGGAAUCUCAGGCAUGUGGCCCUGAGCCCAUGUUUCCAGAGACUGGGUCCUCUCCAGGGCCGGGAGGCUGGGUGGGACCCCUGUUCAGACAUGGGAGUCUCUGGCCUCCUGGCUGGCAUCUGGGGGGCCGGUGGCAUCCGCCUCCCUCCCGGCAGUGGGGCCUGGCACUGGCCUGCACCACCCUGCAGCCCUGCCUAGCUCCCUCCUCAUGGUAGGCUGGGCCAAUGGGAGGGGUGGAGUGCAUUUACAUUUUCAGGUCUUUCCAGCCCUCGGCCAGCCUGGAAGCCUGACUAACCAGCUCCUCCAGGGUCAAGGUGUUGGGGGAGGGGGUGCAGCAGGAGGUGGCCAGAUCGCCCUGGGCUGUGGAUGUGGAAGAAGCCCCGGCUUGGGCAGCCAUCAUGGGGCUCUCCCAGAGGCAGCCUGGCCCAUUGCUGUCUCUCCUCCUCAUGGGGGCGCUGGUCUGGCCCCCGCCCUGUAUGAGCCUGGAGCUGAUCCCCUACACGCCGCAGAUAACAGCCUGGGACCUGGAAGGGAAGGUCACAGCCGCCACGUUCUCCCUGGAGCAGCCACGCUGUGUCCUGGAUGGGCAUGCCGCUGUUGCCAACACCAUCUGGCUGGUGGUGGCCUUCAGCAACGCCUCCAGGGACUUCCGGAAUCCACAGACGCUGGCUGAGAUCCCAGCCUUCCCACGGCUGCUGACCGAUGGCCACUAUAUGACGCUGCCCCUGUCCCUGGACCAGCUGCCCUGUGAGGACCCCGUCGGGGGCGGCAGGGGCAUCCCCCUGCUUCGGGUGGGCAAUGACCCUGGCUGCCUUGCUGACCUCCGUGAACCACCCUUCUGCAACACCCCCCUCCCCAGCCCUGGACCUUACAGGGUGAAGUUCCUCCUGAUGGACGCCAGCGGCUCACCCCAGGCCGAGACCAGGUGGUCCGACCCCAUUACUCUCCACCAAGGGAAGGCCCCAGGCUCUAUCGACACGUGGCCAGGGCGGCGAAGCGGUGACAUGAUUGUCAUUGCCUCCAUCCUCUCCUCUCUGGCCGGCCUCCUGCUCCUGGCCUUCCUGGCUGCGUCCACCGUGCGCUUCUCCAGCCUGUGGUGGCCGGAGGAAGUCCCGGAACAGCUGCGGAUUGGCUCCUUCAAGGGGAAGCGCUACAUGACCCACCACAUCCCACCCACUGAGGCCGCCACCCUGCCCGUGGGCUAUGAGCCUGGCCUGGACCCCCUCCCCAGCCUCAGCCCCUAGCCUGGUGGAAGGGGCUGGGGCGGGGCCCUGGGAAGUUGGGGGCCACGUAUGCAGUGCGCGUUCCCAGCUCCUGCGCCCACAUGCCCCUCCCCCAUUGCGCCUCCCCACCCGCCCGCCCGAUGUCCCACCACCUGCAGCCCUGCCUUUGCCUUUUCCAUUCUGCCCUCUCCAGGCAACUGAAGUUGCAUCAAGUCUGGGGGGAGGGUCAUGGUCAGGCCAGCAUGCAGCCCCCACUUCCAACCCUACCUCUGUGAGAGGUAAUGUGGAGAGG